AUGGAUUCAUCACCAAAAACUCCAAGAAAUAAGGUUGGUCCGAUUGAUUUUAUUGAUAUGAGGCAAGGAGAGCUAGGAUUAAAAGACAGUUCCGGUGAUUACAAAGUACAACCUGUUGGGAAGUCAUCGCCAUCGAGAAUGAAUGGCAUGCAAAACCAAUCCUUUGCUAAUUCUGAUUUGGCAUUAGAUUGUAUUCUAAGAACUAACCAACCUAGUGAUAACAAUAACAUGGAGAAGGAAAUAUUAGAUAAUAUUGAUAUUAAUCAGAUGUUCAAUCACAAAGCUGACAAAAUAAAAUCGUUUGCAAAAGAUAGUUACCAAGCCAUACAUAAGGAACUUAAUGACGAUGACGAUGAUGAUGACGAUGAUGUAGUCAGAAUGAAUCACUCUCCUAUUAAGAUUGAUAUAAGCUCACCUGUCAAAGCCUCAGAUGAAGCUGCUACAAACACACAUGAUACCGAUGUUGAUGGACCGAUAGUUAAGAGACCGAAAUUACAGCUGGAUGGCGCACCUGAUUUACAAAAGGAUUAUGGUGAGAGAGAAGACAGUUACAAUGAAGGAAAUACUUUACCGAAACAAAUCGAUAUGGUCGAUAUGAUCGAUAGUCCAAAUAAGUUUUCACUACAUGUUGAUAAUAUGAAAACAAUUGAAAUUCAGAAGGCCAUAUUCGAAACAACUAAUGAAGAAACCCAUAGGUUUGAUGAUAUGAAAGCUGAUAAAAAAAAUACAGAGAGUAAUUCUGAUAAAGUAAUCACACCAGAAAAACAAACAAGAGAUGAUACUCCUAAUUUGAAUAAAUUAACGCCGCUAUAUAAUACAGAUUUGGCUAUUAGCAUGCAACUAAAUCAUCUCGAAGAAAAUAAAAAAAAAUAUGUUAUAGAUGAACAUAAUAGUUUUAAAGUUAUAUCAGAAAGAAACAAAGAUCUGAUAGCGCAAAUAAAUAACCUCAAUAAAGAAUUAAAUAUUUCACUUUCUGCGCAGGAACAAACAAUAUACAACUUUAAAUUAUUAAAAGCAGAAUAUGAUGGAUUAUCAGAAAAAUAUGAAACAAAAAUAAACAUAACUGCAGAAGAGAUGGAAAAUAUUCAAACAGAAAGAGAGAAUCAAAAUAGGAAAAUUGAUAAAUUAAAGAAGAAAAUAAGUGAAUAUAAAGAUGAAAUUUCAAUGUUGAAUCAAAAUCAGAAAAUUCUACAAAAUAAGUACAACCAAACCUCUGAUGAAUCGGAAAAAUGGAAACUAUCUCAUGAAGAGGUUAAUGAUAAACUUCAAGCGCUAGAAAAAGACCAUCAAGCUGUGCUUAACAAUUUAAAUCAAUUAAUAUCUGAUAAAGAAAAGCUAGGCUCAGAACUCUCAUCAUAUGAAAAUCAAGUUAAAGACUUGAAUGAAAAUAUCCAUUCCCUGGAAGAGAAGGAUAAAUUGAAUAGUAAUAAGUUAGAAACCAUCACUGAAGAAUAUAAAACUUUGCAGCAGAAAUUACAAGACACAUUAAGCCAACAGAGUGGAACAACUAAUGAUUUAAAUAAACAGUUAGAAGAAACACGUUUAGCAAAAAUUGAAGUAGAGAGCCAAUUAGAUGAACUAAAAACCUCGUCUAUUAGUGAAAAGGAAACAUUAGAAAUCAAACUAAAAGAAACAGAACAACAGUUAGAAAAUAACACGAAAUUAGUUGACGAAUUACUUGCUAAGAAAACAUCACUAGAAACUGAGCUCCAUGAGAAAAUAAACUCAAUAGAGCUUCUAAAGAAACAGAAUACUGAAUCAAAUGAUGAUUCAGAGAUAAAUAAAGCUCAAGUUGGGCAAUUGAAAAUUGAAAUUCAAGCCCUCAAAGAAAAGGAGAUGGUUUUGAAUGACUCAAUCAAUAAGUUAGAGGAUAAAACUGAGGAAUGGAAGAUGAAAUAUCAAGAUAAAUGUUCUGACUUAGAUAAAAAUCGUUUAGAAGUGGAAAGUUUACAAAUGAAAUGUAAAAAUAUGGAAGAAGAGCAUUUAGCGGAAUUAGAAAGAGUGCAUGCAAACAUAAGCUUAUUGCAAACGUUAAUUGAAGAAAAUAAUGACAACAUGAAUACUUUGAAGAAAGAAAAUGAACUUUUAAAAACUGGGAAUUCUAAAACUAACCGUCAAGAAGAGACGAUGAAUGAAAAUAUGACCAAGAUGUCAGACGAGAUCAAUUCAUUAAAGACAGAAACAACUACUUUGAAAGAACAGUUAGCUAAUAAAGAGCAAGAAAUAAACAAAAGACUAAAAUUAUUAGCGGAAGACCUCUAUGUACAAUAUUCAAGUAAACAUGAACAGAAAGUAAAGUUAUUAAAAAAAGGCUAUGACUCAAAAUACCAAACAAAAAUCGAUCAAUUGACAUUACAAAAUGAGGGCUAUCUACAAGAGGUUGAUCAGUUGAAAAAACAAUUGGCUCUCGAACGUAACGAGAAGCAAAAAGUUCUACAACUUCUAGAGAAAGAAUGA